AUGAUCAUUAAGUUAAAAUAGAUACAAUUUGCUAUAACUAGUAUUGUAUAUAGUUUAAAUUAAACUGCUUUAAAUGUCUUAAGAAGGAAAAAAUCCAUAAAGAUCAUUUUGAUGAUGUUGAAAAAAUCAACACCUUAAGUGCAUUCAUUGAAUAUAAAAAUAAAGAAUGUGAGAAUUUGAUUGAAGAUCUUAAGAAAUAUGUGGGUAGUUUGAAUCAAUCAUUCUUUUUUUUAUUAAAAAGGGGAUCAGUUUUAAAUAUUCAUUGUAAAAAGAAAGAAUAGCAAGUUUAAAUUCAUAGCAAAUAAAUGACGAUUUGAAUUCAAACAUCAAAUUAAUUGAAUAUAAACAAUCAAUUACUCCCAUCAUUUCAGAUUAGAUUCAGAAAUUAAAUAAUACUUUUAAUAAUUUACUUGAAUAAUUAAAAUUAUCAUCAUUCAAUUAUUAUUAGAAGGAUGAUAUUUCUAUCAUAUUAUCAAAAGAAUUAUAUGCUAAAGGUAAAUAUAUUGAUAUAUUUCUUUAGGUUAUGAUUUAUUGGAUGAAUUAAUAUACUGA